GAAGCACUUUAUAUCUGAUAAAUACUAGUAAGUUUUAGAAAGACGACACUUUCUUCUUGCAAAGGGACAGAUAACUUUCAAGAUGGCAUCUUUUGGGUUGCUCGUGAUGGCUCUUUCCUUAAGCCAGGUUUUUGCUGGGAUGCCUGGCUUUCAGCAAGAUCCACUGGCUAGUCCUCAGCAACCGGCUUCUUUGUUCGGGGAUAUGAAGUUAACAGCAAAACAGAAAUUGGCCGUGAAACUGGGGCGAGAUGUUGGAUCAGGUGGCAGUACAUUUGCAGGUAGCAACAAAGUGACUCUUCGAUGGCCAAAUGCUGUUGUCCCAUACACCAUCGACUGCAGUUUAGAGAACAUGCCAACUGCAUUGAAAGCCAUCCGUCUUGCUAUAAACCAAUGGGAAAGCAAAACCUGCCUUAGAUUUGUUCCAAGAACCAACGAGAACGAUUACUUGGAAUUUUUCAGGAACACUCAUUGUUGGGGCCACGUUGGACGAAUUGGAGGCAAAUCCCAGAUUUCAGUUGGAGAUGGCUGUGACUACGAGCAUGUUAUGGUACACGAGAUUGGUCAUGCAGUUGGAUUUUGGCACGAACAGAACCGAAUGGACAGAGACAGCUACGUCCAAGUUCACUGGGAAAAUAUCGAGGACUGGGUCAAGAGCGCAUUUGAUAAAGUAAAAGACUCAGAUGACUAUGGUGUACCUUAUGAUUAUGCUUCCAUCAUGCACUACCCAUGGCACGCCUUUUCAAAGAACGGCAAGGACACCAUGUCCCCCCUGAGGACAGUUACUAAGCAACCAUACAUUGAGCUCAGUGACGGUGAUGCGAAACAGACGAAUAGAAUGUACCAAUGCGGCACUUACAAAACGAAAAGAUCAUUGGGAGCCUGCGUGGACAACGAUAGCAGUGCCUCGUGCAAAGCUUGGGCUGACAACAACGGAUGCCGAACCAGUUCUUAUGUGCUCGAAAACUGUGCCAAGACCUGCGGAUCACCACUUUGCGACAGUAAUGCCGCAUGUGUUGACAAAUCCACUCAAUGCAAAGACUGGGCCGAUUGGGGACAUUGUGCACUGAACCCUACUGUCUUGUGGAGCUGCGUCAAGAGCUGCGUCCCGCGCUGUCAACCGGUUGUUACCCCACCCCCUGUCACUCAAGCACCAAGCACAAACACACCAGUACCACCAGUUACAAAUGCACCAAACACAGGACCACUACCAACAUCCAAGACUGGAGGUGUCAAACUGGGCAUUGGUUUACUAUGUCUCGACAAGCAUCCCGAUUGUCCAAAAUGGGCCGGAUGGGGAGAGUGUCAACGUAAUCCUGGUUAUAUGUUAAAAAAAUGUAAAUUAUCAUGCAACCAAACAGACUGCGACAGAGGAAUUCAAAAACCACCAGGUACAUGUAACGAGCCACUUGGCAUGGCCUGGGAUGGCAAAACAUGGAAACUUCCCGAUUCAUCCAUCACAGCAGCUUCUGUUCUUAGUCCAGGAAGUGGUUGGUCAGCCGCUGGACCCAAUGCAAGAUUGUACUACCAUGAUGAUCAUGAUAAUAAGAGAAUUGCAGCCUGGUGUGUGAAAUCAUGGGACGAUUUCAGACAGAAUCCAUAUAUCCAAGUUGACCUUGGAACAACCAAAAACGUCCAAUACAUUGCAACACAAGGACGAGACAAGUAUUUUGAGCGUGUCAGCCAAUAUAAAAUCUCGUACAGUAACGAUGGCUCCACCUUCCAACCAUACAUGGAGAAUGGACAAGAAAAACUCUUUGAUGGCAACUGCGAUCAUUUCACGCCCAUAUUGAACAAGUUUGAAAACAGAAUCUCGGCAAGAUAUCUCAGAUUGUACCCAACAAAAGCCAACUACCCAUGUAUCAGAAUGGAGUUCUACGGAUGCUGAGAACAACUGUAAAAUAAAGAAAUAAUUCAAAUGAAUUAUCAAUGAGAAAUAUGAUAUA